AAAAAAACAUUUUACCCUCUCCCUUCAGACAACCAACACCUUCAAAACCCCAUUUUGAGUCUCCCAAAUUCUUCAAACAAAACCCAAAUUCAACCUUCAAAGAGAUUUAGCAUCUGCAUCUCUAACUCAACUCACAUGCUUCUGUGCCUGAUGAGAGAGAAAGAGAAUGAGAAGUUCACCACCAAGUGUAGCUCCACUGAGCAGUUGUAGUACCAGCCGCAGUACGAGUUGUACUCUUGGUGUUGGUAGUGACGACGAACACUGGAGGAAUUUCGAUAACUCAGUGAGUGCGGUGUCGUUUGGACUCGUUGCUACUGCUAUUCUCAUUUGUAUGUUUCUUGUCAUGGCUCUUUUCGAAAGGUUUCUCCGCCCACCGUCAUCCGCCGCUGCCACCGGAGCCCGGAGUCUUGGAGAUCUUCACUCACACCAUGGGAAACUUGAAUACCCACCUACAAAAAUAAAUAUUUAUGCAAGAGAAGUUUCUGUGUUAAUGCCUGGAGAUGAAACCCCUACUUUUAUUGCUAAUCCUGCUCCUUCGGUUUGUCCUUCAUAGUUCAUAUGUAUUACCAGAAUUAUUAGAAGCAGACAAAAUUGUCGGGACAUUUCAUGUGACGAUUUUUUUGGUUUAUCUUUUCAUGCCAAUUGAUACUUUAUUUCAUGUA